CCCCCCCCCCCCCCCCCAUCUUUAUCUAUAUCACCUUGGAGGCAAGGGGGAUCAUACAACAAUUGUGCUGUUCUCCCUUUCCAUCCCCAUUGGACUGUGUACUUCUGUCCAUCAUGCACCCUCAAAUACCACGUCGGCCAUCUCCCACCAAGGGCUUCACCUUACCAACCAUAUCCUACACUCAGCCCGUUUUACCCCUCACCGAACCGUCGCCUUCAUCAUCACGUACAUUGAGAUCUUCCGCUCGACGUCUAUCUUAUGGCAUCAAGAACCGUCUCGGACGAUGCGCCUUACCUCUCUCCCUUGGUGGCAUCAUCACUAUCGUCUUACUCUUCAUGACCUGGUCCAAGGGUCACGGGUACCCAUACCCCUCCGCUCAUCGACUCAAACUGUAUACCCGUGAACAGAUUGAACAGACCGUAUUCGAUGGUGUCGGAUCCGGUCGGCAUGCACUUCAGACUGGAAAGAAACCCGCCAACGACGAUGAACUCUUGGCGGAAGACGAUGUCUUUGAGAUGGUUUACAAGGAGCCACCUCCACCUACAGAAGCUGAGAAAGAGGCCGAAGAAGAAUUCGAAGCGCAUCGUCAAGAUGUCAUCGAGAGGAACGCUAUACACUCAGCCAAGGCCCUCUUGUGGUUCAUCGCUCAAGGUAACAGUAUCCCGAGCUCGUUCGAGAUGCCUUCCAAGGUUCAAAUGGCGAAAAUGGGCGGGAAGGGCAUGGAAAAGUUGUUGGAAAGUUUGGAUAAGAAAGGCAAGACGGGAAGAGGAAAAGGCCGAAAGGGAAAACAGGUACAGGCAAUUGAUGCGGACGUCGACCUGGUCUUCCCAGAAGGAUGGUUGCAAGUCGCCGAUCAGGAGCUCAAGCUGGUGGUCUUUUCAAAGUCAUAUUGCCCUUACUCGAAACGAGCCAAAUCGAUCCUCUCCAAAUACCGUAUCAACCCUUCUCCGUAUAUUGUCGAACUGGACCAGCGAUCCGACAUGGCCCAUGUACAGAAUCUCCUCCUGCAACUCACUGGUCGGCGAACAGUCCCCAACAUUAUGCUCAACUUCAAGUCUUUGGGCGGAGCCGACGAGCUCACCUUGCUCGAUGCCGAAGGGGGUCUCCAGAAAACAUUCGACGAUGCCGGAGUCGGUAGACCGAAACGAAAUGCCUAUAUCCCUCGACCUAAUAGACCACCGGCACCGCCAGCUCCCCGUGAUCCUGUACCCGCUCGACUCCCUCAGCAACCUCAACCAGUAGCUGGACAGCCACCAGCCAGAAGACCCGAGGCAAGACCGGCCGUCGUCAACGGAGAGGAGAAUGUCGCGCCGAAUCGCCGAGCGAGACAGCCUCAACAGCCUCAACAGCCAGAGAAUAGAGCCCCCGUCGCUCCUGCCAGGAUCGAUAUCGAUGAGGCCAUAAGACGAGCUCACCGUGUAGCAGAUGCGCGUGAGGGACUGGGAGAAUAUGAAGGCGAUUUCUUCGAUCGAGCGAGACCGGUGGACUCGCCUUCGAGUGAUAAGAGGAAUCGCGGGCCGGCAGACAACGUAGCGCCCGGACGAGAUGAUCGUGCUCGACAGGCGAACAUUCACAGAGACCGGACUCGACUGGAUCAGGAUGCAAAUGCAGAGCCAGUCGCGCGUAGACCGGCGAAUUUUCCGGUCAGAGGGAACGCACCAGUCGCCGCCCAAGGACCAGAAGUUGAUGAGGAUCUCGCGCUCCCGGCGGCCAACCGACGGGUGCCGCCGAAUGGCAUCGUACCUGCUCGGCGACCACCGAAUAGCCAUGGACGCGGGGUGACCAAAGGUGAAGCGGAGGUCGAGGGUCUGGCGAUAGACACGGUCGGCCGGCCACGAAUGGCCAACGCUGAUCCGAGAAGACGUCCUGUGCAGCCCAACGAUAUUAGAGAGAGGCUGGAUAUUCCUGGAGAGAAGGUCCCUGGGGGUCAGGAGCCUGUUUUGGGCUCACACGGUGAUCUGCUGCCUCCGGUGGAUGGCAGGGGACGUCGCCCGCGGCCUCGGCCUCCUCAAGAUCUCGAUCGACACAUUGUCCAAACUGAGGAUGCCGAUAUGGCAGCCUCUCCUCAAGCUUUGCCAAAGUACGGUAAAGUCGUUCACGCACCGCAUCCUGAGGACGCGAUCCCACCCAUCGGACGAGCACGCAUGGGAGAUUCGCCGCAGAGAGCGGAUCGCUUGGCGGCGCAGAAUCCUUUGAUGGUCCCAGAGGAACGCACUCGAUUACAUGACUUGACCAGUGGAUCUGAAAACGACUCCGACCAGGCGGAUACAGAUCGGGAAACUACACGGGACACUCUGGACGACUCCGACUCCGAGGCCGAGGCGGACGGUGCAUUCCCAAGACAGAUAGAGACCUAUGUCGACCCUGAGCUCAGCGCUGUGCUAAGUCCAGAAGAUCUGGAUGAAUUAGACGACCGAUACGAUGAUCGAGACGACUGGGAGUUUUCGGCAUCGCCGUCAUCAAGCGAUGAUCUGUACGAGGGAAAUGACAAUUCGUUCCUCAAAGCUCCUAAUCCUAGACAAUUGGAAGACGAUGGUAUAGCUGCAUUAUCGGCCGCAGCUUAUAAUCUGAGGCGGAGACCGAAUGGAAAGAAGUUGAGAGACGCGAUGGAUGUCGAUGAAGGGAGUGUGAUUCAGGUGAAAGAGUCCGCCGUGGAGGUUGCAGCGACCUGGUAGACCAGACAGACGAUGGAGGGAGGUUCGGGAUACAAUCUUGGUAAAGAUCUCUCGGAAAGAUCUAUUGAGGGAUCCUGAAGGGACGACGAGUACACACAUCAGCCCUCGCGUUGUACUUCUACAUGUACUGAGCAGCAUAUUUCUUGCAUGCAUUGUGGGCAUCCAUAUGG